AUGGGCUCAACAGCAUACGCAGCGUACAAAAAUGGCGCUGCCAAUGCCAGCAGCGCGCACACUGUCACAGCCAUGAGCAGGUGGUCAGUCCUCGACAAACAGCUGCCGCCCAUCGAUAGAAUCAGGGCGAUCCAUGUCUAUGAUUUUGACAACACGCUGUUCAAGACCCCUCUCCCGAAUCCCAAGCUCUGGAACGGACCGACGAUUGGAAUGCUAUCGAAUCCCGAUGCCUUCGUCAACGGCGGGUGGUGGCACGAUUCGCGCAUCCUCGCCGCGACAGGCGAGGGCCUUGCUAAAGAAGAGCCCCGCGCGUGGGAUGGGUGGUGGAAUGAGAAGAUUGUCGAGCUGAUUCACUUGAGCAACAAGCAGAAGGAUGCGGUCUGUGUCCUGCUCACGGGGCGCUCCGAGUCGGGCUUUGGCGAACUGAUCAAGCGCAUGGUCAAGAGCAAGGGCCUCGAAUUUGACCUGAUCUCCUUAAAGCCCUCGGUUGGACCCAACAACGAGCGGAUCACCAAUACCAUGGUCUUUAAGCAGAUAUUUUUGGAGGCGCUAAUGGAAACGUACAAACACGCUGAAGAAAUUCGAAUCUACGAGGACCGGAUAAAGCACGUCAAGGGCUUUCGCGACUUUCUAGAUGAGUACAACAUCAGGAAGCUGAACGGGAUGGAAGGCGCGCCGACCCGAGGGACCAUCAAUGGCGAGGUCAUCCAGGUAGUGGACAUAGCCACGUUCCUCGACCCAAUUGUUGAGGUGGCUGAAGUACAACAAAUCAUCACCGACCACAACGCCGCCCUGUCUAAGCGGCGGCGCGGCAGCAAAGGCGAACGCUUUGCCAUCAAAAAAACUGUCUUCUACACAGGAUACAUGAUCAACAACGCUGACACGCAACGGCUACUCACUCUCGCACAGACUCCUCAGAACUUGUCCGAAGGCGACAUCAAGUUUCAUGCUAACAACAUCAUGAUUUGCCCUCGGCCCUGCCCGCCCGGCAUCCUAGAAAAAGUUGGCGGAAUGGGAAACAAGAUGACCUGGGAGGUAACUGGCACAGCCAACCUCGAGAACUCCAUCUGGGCGGUGUGCGUCAAGCCCGUGCCCGCCACGGCCAAGUUCCACACGGGCGACCCGGUCCCGCUUGUCGUGCUGGCCUUGCGUAAGGGCGCACGACACGCCGAGGCAGGUAAGAUCCAGAAGUGGCAGCCCGUGACGCCGGACAAGGCCUUCCGUUUCGAGACCACAGUGGGCGAGAAGAUCCUUCUGCGCAUCGAAAGCGAUGGCCCAUCUCAGCACGGUCCCGCCGGCAGGGCGCUUAACAAGCGCAAGCACACCGCUGGUCAGGAUGACUUCCGCGCGCGCCCAUCGGGUGCCAUCCAGCAGCAGCAGCAGCAGCAGCAGCAGCAUCCGCAACAGCAGCAACAACACCGGCAGUUCCACCACCAGGGGAACUUUGCCGGCAGCGCUGGCGGUGGUGGUGGUGGUGGUGGUCGCGGAGGCGCUGGGAGAGGCAACUUCCGUGGCGGUGGCGGUGCGGGCCGCGGAAACAAAGGCCAGCGCGGGGGUGCCGCCAAGGGCCGUGGUGGCCGUGGCGGGCACGGCGGCGGCGGGCAUCACUACAAAUCGCUGGACGACGUCGGUGGGCGUGACAGCCAAGGCGGGUUCGCGCAGAUGUACGAGGAUGAGCCGCACACCCGGUUCCAGAAUCAGAAUAUCCCAAAAGGGCCGUCUAACCCUGGGAACCCUGGGUUCUAUGGCGGCGGCGGCGGCGGUGGUGGCGGUGGCCAGCAGCAGCAGCAGCAGCAGCAACAACAGUUUGGUCGGCCAGGGAAUAACCAACCCGGCGGUGGUGCCGGUGGCGGUGUGUCAGAGCUGAAUAAUUACUACUAA